UUCUCUGAGAGUGGCUAUGACUCUGUGUGCCUCUUUCUUUCUUAUCCUCCUCCAGUACUGCUUAGAGUCAGGGUCCACAUCCAUUUGCUUGUCUGGAUCCAGAUUCCGUAGCCAUUCUGGGUAUUCCCCCUCCAGUCUAAUCACAGGGUCCUCCCCAGUCUUGUAAUAGUUUGCACCCAGGCACACGUCCAUGUUUAGAGGAGCUUUUCGAUAUUGACAGCAGAGGUCUGACUCUUCUUUUUCUUAGUGGCAUAGUUUCUGGCGCAGAACACAGGUAGAAGCGGGUGCUGGUGACUGGCAAUUCUGUGGCCGACGAAAAGUCUAAACGACGCUGCCAGUGGAAGCAUUUUAUAGGUCAAAGGUCAACCACGUGUCCCAAAUGGAGCGCACCACGCUCGGUUAGCCGCCUCGGCUCCAACUUUCUACGAUCCCUUGAAGGAGACUAGAGUCUUCUACUGAUUCAUAACUAUCCAGAUGAACAUUAUGGCCCAUCCAAAAUCUGGUUCUGAGCUGUCGGCAGGCAGUGGGUCACCAGAAGCCAUUGGCAAACACUACUUCAAACAAGCCUGGGCAUAUUCCCAGUGUAUCGAGACUGAAUCUCGUGCUACCAGUCACACAAUUGACCUCUACAGCCCUAAACUUCGAGAGACGCGGAGAAAGCUGAGAGAGAAAUGUGUUCAGAUACUUCUGCUCUCGUGCUCAUAUCGGAGAAAGGCAGAAGAGCUGCUGUGGAAGAAAGGGUUUUACGAACUGACGCAGAGAAGCAAAUCCAACAAACAAGCACUCGACGGUUCCAGUCAUCUCUAUCAUGCGUACAGCGAACACCUCUCGAUGGCAACCGGUUUCUACACGCAGCUGCUCGGCAGACUAGAGGAGCAUUAUAGUCUGCCUGUUACUUCCAUGGACCAUUCCCAACUCAUUGCAUUGGAUGCCAACAAUGCCGAUUUUCAGUGGCUGAAAGACGCAGCAUAUCGCUGCCUGCUAUAUCUUGGAGACCUCGCUCGCUACAGUGUGGAUGUAGGAGGCAAGCCCUACACUGCUACCACUCACUAUCUCCGUGCCAUUUCACUUGACCCAACCAACGGUGCCCCAUUCAACCAGUUGGCAGCUCUGGCGGGGGAAAAACACGAAGGUCUGGAUGCUGUCUAUUACUACCUCAGGAGUAUGUCAUCCGCCAAGCCGUUCCCGGGUGCAGAGGUCAACCUCCAGAGAAUUCUCCGGAAGACUUUGGAGAGACUCGAAGCUCUGAGAGGGAACAAGGACAGAGCCACGGAAACCAAUAUCAGGGAGGCAACACAGUCAUUGCUACUCGUCCGCCUUGUAACGCUGCAGUACAUGCUGUCGUCUUCUGAGGAGGACAAAAGGUCCCUCCCUCAGCCAAACUCUCUAACCUCCUUCUGUGAAGUGUUGCUAAGUGACCUCGAGGAAUGUCUGAACUUUGACCUCCAACUGUUCAAGGACAUGACACCUGCGUGUGUGAGUCACGUGUUGUCGUCGGGCAGGGCAGCAGGGGGCGGGGGAGAAGGGGGAGAGGAGGAGGAGGAGGAGGGAGAUCAUAGGAAGGUGGAGGAGUUGGCCUGUCUUCCUCACGAUCUGCUCCUGAAGGUCGUGGCGCUGUGCAUCCUCUCAUCAACACAACUAAGAAGUCAAGGGUCUGCACAGACGCCAACCCUCACGUCCUUCGCUGUUUCCGUCUUCUCCCUCCUCCUCCACCAUUCCUUCCUCCGCCUCACCCACCUCACCCGUCACACGGUUCACACCCUCACACGAGGCACAACCGUCACCUCCUCAACCCCUGUGAGACACGUGGGUUGGACACAACCCCCCGAUCACGAAGAACCCGGCGAAGAAAACAACAUGGUCAGAAUCUUCCUAGACCGACUCGCGGGGGAAGUUUUGGACGAAUAUGCUCAGCAGACGCCUGGAAUAGCAAAGCAGUUGAGGGUGAACAGCGCUUCUUUAUUGUCUCUUGGGAUAGACGAAGCAGUGAACAGUCUCGCAAUAGGUCCGUCACAAGUUUGGGGCGGUGGAGAGAUUGCGAGUGGGAGCGAAAGUGCAAGCUCUGCAGAUAACAGGGGGAGGCAUCCAGAGGGUGGAAGUGAGGCAGAAAGAACUCAUGGAAAAGGUGCAAAGGGGAGUGAAGAACGUCCAGAGAAGACGGCGCAGAAAAAGGGAAGGAAGCGGAGAAGCUUGGUUGAUAGGCGAAGGAGACGACGGAGACAGAGGAGGCCAGAUUGGGAGAUGACUCCGAUUAGCAGUGAGGAGGAAGAGGAGGGAAGCGAGGAGACAGACUCCUCCCAGAGCAGUGCCUCUAGCAGCUGCACCCUCUCCAACAGCUCAACGGAGGAGGAGGAGGAGGAGGAAGAAGAGGAGGACGAGGGGGAGAAUAUAGACAGGAUUGAUAGUUUGAGUGAAACGUCGCUCUCGGACGGCGAAGAGGGAGGGAGGCAAGCAGUUGUUGGAGGAGAUGAUCCAAGACCUUGGACUAGUGGUCAGGUGGGAGGCGGCGAUGGAGGUAAUGUGGAGAAGAAAGGGGGGGAGAGGAAGGAGGGUAGAAUAGGAGGGAAGAGGCAGAUUGUUCUUGCAGCUAAUUUCAGCGGUGUCCAGGCGAGUGCUCCAGCAGGGAAGAGUGGCAAGGAGGAGCUGAAAAGUAGUACUGAAGUUGUGGCUACAGACACUGCUGAUGAUCAUUUGUUUCAGACUCUUCUUCUCCAGACGAGACAUCAAGCUGCCCUCCACCUGGCCUGCAGUCUGGCAGCCGAGGACUCGUAUCUAAUGCCAGUCAAGAUCUUCACCAACUGGGUCACCGCACACCCUCUAGUCCUCACUGUCUGUGCACAGGGCUCCCCUAGCUUUUUGGUCAAGACUGGCUUCUCUGCUCAACCUUCUUCCGCCAGCUCAAGAAAUAAUCGCAGCAGGCCUCCGAGCCACUCUUCCUCCUGGUAAGGAAUGGAGUCAGACAAGUGCCCUGCGUGAGGACGUUCUACUGCGUGGGUUUGCUCCUCUCGUUAGCGCUCAUCAGAGACUCCAGUUUGAGGUCACUGCUUCUCCUGACAUCUUAGAGCAAGCCUGCAACAGAAUCUGUGUCCUUCAAAAGUUUGGCCGACAUGUUUCAAGAACAAAGGCAACAGAUCUGUUCCAGUGGGACAGGAGUGCAGAGAGAUUCAUGGCACCUCUGCAGAGGGACAGAGAGAAGAAGAGAGCAGCAGCAGCUGUUCACAGUCAGCGACAGGAAAAGGCUGCAGAGAGCAGGUCGAAGCUGAUGAAAGCUAUGGCCGAAAGACGACUUCAGGCAGAGGUGGAUAGUUUGGUCGAGACCAGUGUGCAGCAAGAGGCAAACGUCUUCACGCCUUACCUCUUGCCAGAUGCUCAGUCCCUGUGCACAGGACUACAUCUUGUCAGAAAAAUGAUAGCCUCAGAGAAAUUUAUAGUCAUUAUUGCUAAAUCGGUUAUUGAUGCUCUGGAUAGCAUGAAGAAAGGUAGGGGGAACUAUGCUGCUCGGGAGGCCAUCAAGUUUCUGGAGCGCAAUUUGCAAGGAGGCGGGAAAAUGAUGCGUGUCCAAGGGCCUGAGGAGACCCUCCAGUCACCCGGGACCAGAAAACCACCAAAAAUGGACCUCAACACUUGGUCUGCAAUGCCUUGCAUAUUCUGAAGUUGGGGGACUCUACAGUAACCUUAGAUUCAGCAUUACGGAUAUCCCUGUUUCAUCAAAUACUGUACUUCCUGUUUCCAGUAUAGCCCACCAUAUUUUCACAGUGUCCAGAAUGCUUUCCUGUCUCAUUCGCUCAGGAGAUAUAGUUGUCUGGUGGACUGUGCCCUCUACUUCACCCACACGUUUGCCGAGCGAGGAGGAAGCAGUGGUCAGACGGCCAGCACACUGCUGCUGGACCAGAGCAUCGUGAAACUCGUGGAGAGAGCCGGAGGAGGAGGAGGUGUGGGUGAACAGAUGUCUCCACUGGCUGAAACCCUCUGUGAGGCACAGCUGAACGGAGUCUCCAUUGACACUGUGAUUAGAUAUCAUGGGAAGUGGCUACAGUCUCAGUCUUCUCGCCACCACAAAGCCUGUGACAGAAAAUAAGUCAUCGAUUGAAGAAGUGAAUGAUCUGGUUGAAAGACAGCACAGAGGACCAUCUACAGUCUACACACAAUGUCACAAUGUAGAUGCGGAUGCUAAGUACAUAAUGGGAAAAGACAUUAAUUGUUGGCAUACUAAUUAGUUUAUUGAGCAUGCGCAGUCACGGUCAUCACUACGCAUGCGGCGGAGGGAGCGGAGGAAGGCGCGGAGAGUUGGAGUAUUCGGUCGGCGUUGUUGACAAGACAAGGGGUAGCGGCAAGAAUAGGCAUCUCUACUACCCGAUGCACGAAGAGUUCCCCGUGCAGAUGUGCCUGAUGCACUUUGCACAGUGCUGAUUUAAUGUCAUUUUCUUUUGCAGGAACUACAACCUACAAAUCCUGUUGGGCAGGGAGGAGGGAAUUGAUUUGAAGCUGUACACAAGCAGUGGGGUGGAUGUUUUCCCCAGUGGAGGAGACGGAGGUGGUUGUGUGGGAGCUGUACUGACUGGUUGAUGAAUAGAGAGAACUGGCUCUUUGCUCAGACGCUCAGUUUGUAUGGCUAUGUUUAACUUUAUAUUGUUUCUUUCUUGUUGAGUAAUAGUAGAGUACAUGUCGUGCCAGUGCAGGUGUAAGAC